AGAGAGAGAGAGAGGAAACAUCAAAAUGCCUCCCAUUCUACUCAAUCAAUAUACAUAAACCCCCAUUUGAGACACAACCCAUCUCAUUUUUCCAUCUCAAAAACCCAAAUGGAACAAGACCCAUCAACCUUUCCCAUGGAGAGAAGCUGCAAAAUCCUAAGAAGAUCAAUCCACCAUUUCCUCAAAAACUACCACUACUUCACCACAAUCUCUCUCCAUCUUGCCUUCCCCUUCUCGACAGCCCUUCUCAUCUCACAAUUCCUCCUCCCCUCCUCCCCUUUCCUCUUCACAAUCCACAACCACCUCAAUUCCCUCUUUGAAGCUGCUGGAUUUCCCCCCUCAUCUCAACUCUUCACCAUUCUCAACCUCAAAAUCUCCCAGACAAUCACUUCUUCAAUCCUUCUCCUUCCCUUUACCCUCUCUUUCCUUCUCAUUUCCAAGGCCUCCGUAAUCCACUUUCUCAGUGAUCACAAAAACCCUUCUUUUUCCUCUUUUCUAUCCAUUUACAACUCAAUUCUUUUGACCCAAAUUUGCAACUCAUUUCUCAUACUCUCCGCAAAUGCAACUUGUUUCUCCCUCUUCUUCGUCGCCUUCAAUUGUCUGGAAGCUUCCGGAUACUCCUCCACCGCAUCCCUUCUCUUCCUCUCUGCCGCCGGAGCCAUUCUCUACUCCAUAAUUCUUGCGAAUUCGUUCGUAGUUUGCAAUUUAGCAUUGGUUGCAUCGGGAAUGGACAAAAGGGGGGGCUUUUUAGCUAUUCUCAAGGCAUGUGUUUUGAUAAGGGGAAGGACCGCGACAGCUCUGGCGUUAGCGAUUCCGGUCAAUAUGGCUCUGGCAGCGGUAGAAGCUUUGUUUCAAUACCGGGUGGUGAGAGCUUUUCACACCGCCUCUUCUUCCACUGCUCUCGAAGGCAUUUUAAUCGCUUAUAUGUAUUCGAUCAUCGUAGUGAUCGAUACUAUUGUAAAUUGUGAAUUCUUCAAGAGCUGCAAAAGACGUUUUCGUACAGAUGAGGAGGGAGGAUAUGCUUACCGGAUUGGAAUUGAAGGGCAAAAUGGGAAGACAAUGGAGGAGAGCUUCCUUGAGUUCUAAAGUUGCAGACAAAUUCAGUAUACGAAAACUCCAGAUGCAUACAUAUUCUCUUGGAGUAUCCACAAACGAAUAGGCAAAUAAAGAUAAUAGUAAUUUAAAUUUAAUCCUUUUUUUUAAAAACGUUUCAAUGUUCAUAUGGGUAUGUGUUAUGUGUAGUACUACCAUUUUUUCUCCUUGUAGAUUGGCACCUUUUACACAUUGUAAAAGUACGGGGGCUACGCCCGUUAGUUAUUUUUGGGAUCUGGAAUUAGUCGAGGUGUACGCAAGUUGGCCAGACAUCCGAUUAUCAAAAAAAAAAAAAGGAAUUCUUCAAAACUGGAAAAA